UUCACGGUUCAACAGUCGAAGCUUCUCGACUCGUUUUUGUUUGUUUCAUAGCAUCUCGUCGGUUCAACAAGACCUUGCGCUAGAAGAAGAACAAUUUCAGUUUUGUUUUGUCCAAUUCUCACCUCGUACAGUGACCAAACAACGGUUUCUUUGUUGCUUUUGUCGGAAAUUCAGUGUGAGCUGUACAACAAACACCCUUGACAACAUUCUUUGCUUCUCCACCUUGUAAUCCUCCAUUCACUCUUUUCACGUGUUUCUCUCUCGAUGAUUCUCUGAUGCGCGUACGCAAUUUUAUCGUUACUUCUACGUUUUUCGAUUUCAAUAGGUUUAGAUUGUGUCGUUGGUUUAAGUCCCUGGGAAAAAAAUCCUGAUAUUCAAAUUACCUGUUGAUUUUACUUCAAAACAUUCUUAUGUUUUUAUAGAGCAAUCACCUGUAGAUUUUCAGUUCCUGGGUUUAGAUUAUAAUUAUAUAGCUGGCUAUUUUGGCCAUCCUUGAGGUAUCUGAAAUAGGGGGACUCUUAUUAGAAAAAAGAUAUGAUGAUUUGUUACUCUCCAAUUACAACAUGUUCUAGGAAUGCUAUCAAUAUCAAGGGGCAUUUAGGCACUCACCUCUACGGCGUUGUGGCUCAAGGAUCAUAUAAAUUCUCCUGUCACAGUCUUUUAUUAGGACUUUCUAGAAGACAUUACACCGGUUUUCGCGUAUCGGUCUCUAAUAGACCUUCUAGUUGGCACGAUAAAAGGCUAUUGAUCAAUCGAUCGACCGUUGGUCCUAAGGAAAAGCUUGAAGUUUCUUUCUUGUCCCCUGAUGCUAAAAUGAAAUGCUCCAAGAUAGAAUCCAACAUGAGAAAUCUCUAUUGGUAUUCAAGAUUUGCUUAUACAGGUGUGAUUGUUAGCUUGCUUGUUUGUUAUUCUUCAACUUCCCAAUCAGCGUACGCAGAUGCUUCAAGGGAUAAAGAUGCUAACAACGUGCAUAAUCAUUCGUCUCAUGGUAAAUUCCACAAUGGGAAAAGAGUCUACACUGAUUACUCUAUCAUUGGUAUUCCGGGGGAUGGUAGAUGCUUGUUUCGUUCUGUAGCUCAUGGAUUUUGCUUACGCUCUGGAAAACUGGCUCCAGGCGAGAAGAUGCAGAGAGAACUCGCUGAUGAAUUACGUACCAAGGUUGCUGAUGAGUUUAUCAAAAGAAGACAGGAAACAGAAUGGUUUGUGGAAGGAGAUUUCGAUUCAUAUGUCAGACAAAUUCGGGAGCCACACGUGUGGGGAGGUGAACCUGAACUCUUCAUUGCUUCACACGUUCUCCAGAUGCCAAUCACAGUGUAUAUGAAGGACGAGAAAGCUGGAGGAUUGAUAUCUAUUGCGGAAUAUGGUCAAGAAUAUGGUAAAGACGACCCAAUCCGAGUCCUAUACCAUGGUUUUGGUCAUUACGAUGCCCUCUUGAUUCACGAAAGUAAAGCUUCAAUUCCAAAAUCUAAACUUUAGUAAAUUUAGUUUUGCAUCUUUGACUUUUGUCAGGUGAUGAUGAUGUUUUUGUCUCUGACACAACCACAAUCUAUAUGCCUUGUAGAAUGUAACCUUUUUUUACCUUUUAAUUUGAAAAAACUUCAGUUUCAAAAGCUCA